AUGAUUACAAGAGAAAAUACGAAGAGAAAACUUUUAAAAAAAGUGCUUAUAUUUGAGCUAAUGCUGUGCAUAUUGGUAGCAUUUGUGAUCAUAUUUCUAUAUAUCAUUAAGGAUGAUAAAAAAACAACAAUCAAAAGCACCACAAGAGAAAUACAACCAAAAACCUCAGAUCACACACCUCCUAAAUUAACAUACAGAAGAACGACAACACCUGAAUUAUCAACAUCCGAAUCCUCAACAUCCAGAACAACGACAACUCUUAAAUUACCAACGCCUGAUUUCGAAACUCCUGAGGAAGUACAUAUGGAGACUCAAGAGAAUAUUUCACCAGGAGUCACUCCUUUAUCACCGAUAAAACAAAAAACACCGCCAAAAUCCAGAUCACCAAUAAGACAAAAAACACCACCUAGUCACAAACCAAUACUAACAGAAGAACCAUAUGUGUCACCAAAGCAAGUAUCUACACCGCCAAAACUACGAAAACCAAUACACCAUCCUAUCGCCAAACCAUCACUACAGCAGACAUCGAUGUUUUUACCAAAUCCAACACAGAAAGGACUGCCAGCAACAAAACCUGGUCCACCUACAGUAGGAUUGUCAUUGCCAGCAGCAAAUCCAAAUAGACCAAAAUUACCAGCAGUGAAACCAUCACUAAGAUAUAAUCCACUAGGAACAAAACCACUUGGAGCAAUAGCAUCAUUAGCAAAAUAUACAGAAGCUGCCAAGCCACCGCCUGCUAAUCCAAAUGAUCUAUUUAUCAGAGAUAACUUCAUAAAAACGGCCAAAACGAUUGAAUCAUUAUUCCGCCAAUUCAAACAUGGUAAAAUCCAGGAAUACAUGCUAAAGCUAGGAUACGAGAGGGUUUAUAAUACAGAGAAGACCAAAAUUUAUAUUAGUGAUAAAUAUUGUCUGAAGAUAAACACACCAAUGGAGCUAAACGGAGGAACAGAAUGUGACAUAAUGAAGGAUUUAGAUCAUCCAAACGUGAUCAAGAUGCAUCACCAUUAUUCAUUCGAAGCAGGAUUAAGGAGAAAACUGAUUGUAGUGAUGCUGACUGAGAAACUGGAGAAAAUAGAUGAAUCAAAAUAUUCUGGCGACUAUUAUGCAAUUCAGAGAAUAGCAAAAGAUAUUCUGAAUGGAUUAGUUUACCUUCAGUCAAGACGCAUUAUCCACAAUGACCUUAAACUAGCCAAUUUGAUGCAGAAAAAGGUAGAUGGAAAAUACGUUACAAAAAUAAUUGAUUUUGAUAUUGCAGUGGUUGCAAGAACUGGAACAUUAGUGGUUAGAUUUGCUCCAAUAUGGCUCAUGCCACCUGAGCUACUAAUGGAUAAGAGAGUGGGGAUGACUAGUGAUAUUUGGCACCUUGGACUUCACGUAAUUUGUCCUCUGAUUUGGCCUGAAAAAAGAAAGAGCGAAAAGACUACGAUGUAUUCUAAUAACGUUUAUGAUUAUUUUGGAAAUAGACUCAAUAACAGAAGUAACUACAUCAAGCGAGCCAAAUUCAGGUACGCAAAGCCAGAAAAACCAAACCCACUGAUUGAGAACUUUCUAGAUUGUUGUCUAGAAAUUGAUGAAACUAAGAGAUGGAGACCAGAGAUGCUUCUUAGACACAAAUUCAUAACUGAAGUCGAAUAA